AAAAUACACUAUUGACACCCAUCCCAACUCCUUCAUCAAGCUCGUGUAUCACACAAUCAUUCACUUCCACAAAAACAACGGUCCUUGUUUCUUUCAUCCACACCUAAUCAUCACGUGUAUAUCACGCAAACUACUCGCGCGUGGACAGAAGGAUGCUAUCAGAGCAAAAAGCCUUAUUUUUCACUCUCACACGCCCUGGUAUAGUCUCUGUGCACAGAAAUCAAAUUUCAGAGCGAAAAACACUGAAAAACGAAGGGUCUCAGGGAAGAACCCCGAAACCCCGAAACCCCGAAACCCAAUCUUCACUGAAAAAAUGGAAAACACCCUUUAAUCGAACCAAAAAGCCAAUCGAAGAAGAUGCGUCGCCUAUUCGAUUUCUAGGGUUUCGGUUUCUCUCCCUCCUUGGACCAACCGGGGCAGCGCUGCAACGGCGGCGUUUUUCUUCCGAUUCGGAGCACAUUCGAACACCCAAUAGAACGGAGAAGCCAAUCGGCGAAUGCCCAUUUGCUAGUUUUUGAGAGUGCCAAAAAAGUUUUUCAUUUUUCUUUUUCAAUUUUUGUGCAUUUUUCAUUAUUUUUUCCUCUAUUUUUUCCGUGUGGUGAUUCUUCCGCUUUCUGGUCAUGCGAUCAUCUCCGUCUUCAUUGGGUUCGUCGUCUCGAUUGGGUUCGCGGCUUCGGAAGAAGCACAAGAGGUUGGAUGCAAUAUGUGAGGAAGAGUACACUCGAAACCAUGGUGAGUUGAAUGAGGAUAAUGAGUUGAGUGAGGAUAAUGAGGAUUUGAACCCUGAUGUGGGGGUUCGUCGAAGCUCCCGGGUUCGCUGUGCCCCAGUGCUGCUCGACGCUUCUCCAGCUCCGCCGAAGAAAAGGCGGAAGGUGGGGAAGGGUGGAAUUAGUCGUAGUGUGGAGGGUGCUAGGAGAUUAGGGCGAAAAAAUAAAGGUUCUGGUGGGACUUGGAGUUCUAGGUUGAGAUCAAGAGUUGGCAAUGUAGGUGUUAGGGUGAAGGAGGAGACAGAAUCGCCUCGGGGGAAGAGGAAGCUUUUUGAGGGAAUGGUUAGAAGGAGGGGUGAUAGGGAGGUUGGUAGGAAAGAGGAGUUGGGAGGUUUGAUGCCGAAAGUGGUUAAGUCAAAGAGACCGGGGAGGAUUAAAGCCACAAAGCAUGAGGAAGGGCAUGAAGAGGAUGUGUCUGAUGGGAGUUUGGAGGAGAGUAAGAGUCAGGAAGUGGAGAUUGUGUUGAGCAGUGGUGAGGAGAGUGAUUCUGAUUCAGAAACCGAAUCGUGUGGAGGGGAUCGCAUGGAUGAUUCGGAUGGAAAUACCUCUCCUGUGAUAGGGAAUGAGGAGGGGAAUCUGAUGGAUGAUUCAGAUGGAGAUGUCUCUCCUAUGAUAAGGAAUGAGGAGGGGGAUCAGAUGGAUGAUUUGGAUGGAAAUGACCCUCUGAUGGUAGGGAACGAGGAGAAGAACUUACCCAACGAUUUGCAAAUAGAGGAAUGUGGUGGUAACGCUGAACCGUCUCCAGUGGAACAUUUAGUUAAAGUGGAUGAUCAGUUAGAGAGUGCGAAGGAAAGCAAAAGAGUAGGUGAUGUAGCUGAACAGGUAGAUAAUAAAGGAUCUGUUGGUAAGGAGGUUGAUGUCAACGAAAAUGUCUUGAAAGAUGCAAAUGAUGGCAAGGAAGCUGACGUUGAUGAAAAUGUCUUGAAAGAUGCAAAUGUUGGGAGGCUGGAUGAGUUGAAACAUGCUUCAGUUGACAAGCGUGGUCACCAGCGUAUCAAAGAGGGAAGACGGUGUGGUUUGUGCGGUGGAGGGAGCGAUGGUAAGCCUCCAAAAAGGUUAGCUCAGGAUAAUGGUGAAAGUGAGAAUGAAGCUUAUAGUGGGUCAUCAUCUUCAGAGGAGACUAAUUAUGAUAUCUGGGAUGGUUUUGAUGAUGAACCUGCUUGGCUUGGGCGUCUCUUGGGUCCUAUUAAUGAUCACUGUGGUAUUGCUAGAAUAUGGGUUCAUCUGCACUGUGCUGUAUGGAGUCCGGAGGUUUAUUUUGCUAACUUUGGAUGCUUAAAAAAUGUGAGGGCUGCACUUUUCCGAGGAAGAGCAUUGAAGUGCACUCGCUGUGGGAGGCGAGGGGCAACCACUGGUUGUCGUGUCGAUCGUUGUCCAAGAACUUAUCACUUGCCUUGUGCAAGAGCAAGUGGUUGCAUCUUUGAUCAUCGUAAAUUUCUUAUAGCUUGCACAGAUCAUCGGCAUCUCUUCCAACCUUGUGGUAAUAAAUAUUUAUCCUGGAUAAAGAAGUUGAAGGCAAGGAAAAUGAUGUGGGAGAUAAGGAAGCGAUCAAAUGAAGCUUGUAGAAAAGAUAUUGGAGAUGAAGAGAGAUGGUUGGAAAAUUGUGGAGAGGAUGAAGAAUUUUUGAAACGAGAAAACAAGAGGCUUCAUCGUGAUUUAUUGAGAAUAGCCCCAGUGUACAUUGGGGGUUCAGAAUCUGCCAGUGAAAAUUCAUUUCAGGGAUGGGAAUCUGUUGCUGGGCUUAAAGAUGUCAUCUGUUGUAUGAAAGAAGUUGUUAUUUUACCUCUGCUAUAUCCUGAGCUCUUUGAUAAUUUAGGGCUUACACCUCCAAGAGGUGUUCUCUUGCAUGGGCAUCCUGGAACUGGGAAAACCUUGGUGGUCCGGGCAUUGAUAGGUGCAUGUUCCCGUGGUGAUAAGCGGGUUGCAUAUUUUGCCCGUAAAGGUGCAGAUUGCUUGGGGAAGUAUGUUGGUGAUGCUGAGCGUCAACUAAGACUAUUAUUUCAGGUUGCUGAGAAAUGUCAACCUUCUAUAAUAUUCUUUGAUGAAAUAGAUGGGCUGGCACCCUGCCGCACUAGGCAGCAAGAUCAGACGCAUAGCUCUGUUGUGUCAACAUUGCUUGCUCUUAUGGAUGGUUUGAAAUCUAGGGGUUCAGUUGUGGUCAUAGGUGCGACAAACUGUCCUGAAUCUGUUGAUCCAGCACUUAGGCGCCCUGGUAGAUUUGAUCGGGAAAUUUAUUUUCCAUUACCAUCAAUUGAGGACAGAGCUUCCAUUCUCUCACUUCACACCCAGAAGUGGCCAAAACCAAUUACUGGAUCCUUGCUUGAGUGGAUUGCAAGAAAAACAUCUGGCUUUGCUGGUGCUGAUCUCCAGGCUCUUUGUACCCAAGCGGCGAUGAAUGCGUUGAAGAGGAAUUUCCCUUUGCAAGAAGUCCUGUCUUUAGCUGCUGAAGAAAAACAUUCUGGUUCUAAGCACAUUCCUCUUCCAUCCUUUGCAGUGGAGGAGAGGGAUUGGUUAGAGGCUUAUUUUUCGUCCCCACUACCUUGCUCCCGGAGAGAUGCUGGAAAUGCUGCUAAUGAUGUAGUAUGCUACCCUCUUCCCAUCCAACUUAUUCCUUGUUUAUUGCAGCCAUUAUGCACUCUUCUUGUAUCUCUUUAUCUUGAUGAACGUCUAUGGUUACCACUUCCCAUAUCUAAAGCUGCAACAGUGAUAAAGGAUGUCAUGAUUUCUGCUCUAGACAAAAAGCAAAAGCCUUCUGAUCACUGGUGGUUGCACAUGGAUGAUUUUCUUCAAGAAACAAACAUUGUUUAUGAGUUAAAGAGAAACCUUACUUGUUCUGGCAUUUUAUCUGCCAACGAUGGCAUUGCUGGUUCUUUUGAUACUGUGGAUGAUGCCAAUAAUAACAGCUUGAAGUUUGAAUCUUCCACAAGGAACCAUCUUGGCAUGCAUAGUGGUUUAUGUGCAUUGACCAACAAAUCAGGAUUUCGGAUACUAAUAUCUGGAAAUUCACGAUCUGGCCAGAGACAUCUUGCUUCUUCCCUUCUUCACUGCUUUAUUGGUAAUAUUGAAGUGCAGAAGAUUGAUAUGGCAACUAUUUUACAAGAAGGGCAUGGAGUAGUGGUGCAAGGGAUUGGUCAGAUACUAAUGAAAUGUGCUAGCAGGCAAUCUUGCAUAGUAUUCUUGCCAAGAAUUGAUUUAUGGGCUGUGGAGAAACAUUUCCAAAUUGCUGAAAGGAUAGAUUCGUGUUUAACAAUGGGCAAGUCUUGUUUCACACCAAACGAAGUUGUUCAGAAGGAAAAUGACAUUAGUAAUGAGAAAAACUCAACUGAGAUGACCAAAGGCCAAGCCAACACAAAGGCUUCAUAUGCCUGGAUGUCAUUUAUUGAGCAGGUGGAAUCCAUUGAUGUAUCGACAUCCUUGAUGAUUCUGGCUACUUCAGAAGUUCCCUAUACAGAACUUCCGUGCAAAGUAAGAGAAUUCUUCAAGAGUUACCAAUCUAAAGAUGGCCGAUCAACUCCUUUGGAGCAGACAAUUCCUCGAUUCUCUGUGCAAAUUGAUGAGAAUUUUGAUCAUGACAUGGUGAUCAAUCUAUCUGCACUAGAGCUAUUGAGAAUUGUAGUUGAGCAGCUGGUUCAAUUGAUUCAUCAGAGAUCUCAUGUUCAUAUGGGUUCCCAAAAGGGCAGAAGUUAUAAAUCAAUUGAAGUUUCUAAAGAUAAGGAGGUAUGCCAAAGAAAAGAAGAUGGACCAGCUAAUGAUAAGAGGGAAAUCCAACUUGAAUCCUUUACCAAAGUUCCACCAACACCCAACAGCAAGUCAAUGAAGGGAAAGUCAAUCCUGUUAUUAGCAAUAUCCACAUUUGGCUAUCAAAUUCUUUUAUACCCACAUUUUACUGAACUUUGUUGGGUCACUUCAAAACUCGAUGAAGGUCCUUGUACUGAUGUAAGUGGACCUUGGAGGGGCUGGCCUUUCAAUUCCUGUAUAAUUCGUCCUAAUAAUUCACACGACCAGGUGGCAGUAUCUUGUAGUUCUGGUGGCACCAAAAGCAGAGAAGCAUCUGGUCUGGUCAGAGGCUUGAUUGCUGUUGGUUUAUCAGCUUACAGAGGUGUUUACAAAUCAGUUAGGGAAGUUUCCCUUGAUGUAAGGAAGGUUCUCGAGAUCUUAAUUGAGAAAAUCAAUACCAGAAUUCAAGCUGGGAAAGAUAGAUAUCAAUAUUUUCGUAUUUUGUCACAAGUGGCUUAUUUGGAAGACAUGGUCAACAACUGGGCUUACUCGUUGCUAAGUCUGGAGCAGGAUUCCCCUGAGCAUAAAAUAAAGGCUAUACCAGCAAGUGGUGGGCCAUUAAACAGUCAUCUCACACAUGAAAAUCACCAAACUGAAGGUGAGGACUGUCAUUUAGUUGUUCCUGUAGAUGGUAAUGAUUUGGAGACAUUGGAGGGAAGUCAGAAGGAAAUUCCUGCUGAAACAACUGGAUGUCUUGCCUCUGAUGACAAAAAUGAUAAUGCAGACAUUUUUGAUUGUGAUGAUGGAAAUGCUAGUUCUGAAGGACAUCUACAGAACCAUUCUUUUUCAGAUAAGAAUAUCAACAACUCUAUUGCUGCAAGCCAACCACUUUAUCCAUCCACAAGUCAGGAGAAUGGUAUUUUAUUUGGACAAUCUGAAUUUGUAACUGCUGGAAAUAAUGAAGAGAUGGAUGGAGAACUGGGGAUUUCAAAAGGCUUGAACAAAUCCACGUGCACUCAAUCUGUGGUCCCUUCUGAAAAUGGACUCCACACUGCUUGCGAACCAAAGAAACACGAUGUUGAGAUUGGGAACAUUAGGUCUGAUCAGCCUCUUAGCUUGCCCUCUGUAGAGACCGGUGCUAAAUCAAGUGAUGUUAAAUCUGAUAAACAAGAGAAUGCCCCAGACAGUAAUGUCUCUUCAAGUAAUGGCUGUGGCCCUGCUGAAUCCGGGGUUAUUUGCUUGUAUCAAUGUUGCCCUGCAUGUCUCCACAGUCUGCAUCAUUUGACAAAGAAAAUACUUGUUGAAAAGUGGGGUUUAAACAGUGACAAGUGGACAGCAGAAGAUGUCCAUGAUGCUGUUGCAUCAUUAUCUGUGGAUCUUAUUUCAGCAGUUAGAAAAUGCUUUAUGCCUGAAGAUUUCAUUGAUUCAUCAAAUAAAACCUCAAGAAAUGAAAAGCGUGGAACAUCUCUCGACUGUUUGAAACUGAGCACGUGUAAUAAUGGAAACCAACGCAAGGAUGUUGUGCCAGCUGAAUGUGUUUCUCACUCAGCAAGCCAACAUGCAACUGCAAUGGAAGGUAUGGUGCUGAAUGAAGAAUCAUCCAAGCAUGAUCUUAAAUUUGUUUUCAGAGAUGGUGUACUAGUUCAUUUGGACCCAGACAAGGAUGUCUCAGUUCACUGUAAAUUUGAGAACUUGUGCCUUUGUUCUCUAAGAGAGUUGAUAGUAAUGAAAAAGCGCCCUUUUGAUUAGGCUAUAUUGUUUCAUAGCUUGGAUUGCAUAGCAAUUUUUUGGUGCUGAUGCGGCAUUUGUAUAUAACUUUUUCUGAGAUUGAAAUAUAGUUUUGACCAGGAAAUUAAGUUUCUAGUGCUUCCAUCAUCAAAAGUCAAAACCACAGCCUUGAAUCCUCGUAUGUCAGCUAACUUGAUUAUUUCUGUAGAAUCUAACCAAACGUUUAUUACUCCCUCGGUCGUAUUUGUCAUUUUAGAAUA